AUGACCACCCAGAUCUGCACCCCGAUCUUCUCCACUGGGUCUGUCAAGGGCAUCUGUGGCACAGCAGGCGGCAUCUCACGGGUGUCCUCUGUCCGCUCAGUGGGCUCUUGCAGGGCCCCCAGUUUUGGGGGUGCUGUGGGGUCUGCCUCUUCUGUUAGGCUGGGCCUCUCUGGCCUUGGGAGCUGCUGGCCUGCCUCCCACCUGUCCUCUGGGUGCCAACCCUCCAGCUUUGGUGGGAGUGGGGGCUGGUUCUGCGAGGGCUCCUUCAAUGGCAGCGAGAAGGAGACCAUGCGGUUCCUGAACGACCGUCUGGCCAGCUACCUGGAGAAGGUGCGGCAGCUGGAGCGGGAGAACGCGGAGCUGGAGGGCCGCAUCCGGGAGUGGUGUGAGUCUCAGGUCCCAUACACCUGCCCGGACUACCAGUCCUACUUCAAGACCAUUGAGGACUUCCAGCAGAAGAUUCUGCUGACCAAAUCUGAGAAUGCCAGGCUGGUCCUGCAAAUUGACAAUGCCAAGCUGGCGGCUGAUGACUUCCGGACCAAGUAUGAGACGGAGCUGUCCCUGCGGCAGCUGGUGGAGGCCGACAUCAGUGGUCUGCGCAGAAUCCUGGAUGAGCUGACCCUGUGCAAGUCUGACCUGGAGGCCCAAGUGGAGUCCCUGAGGGAGGAGCUGCUCUGUCUCAAGAAGAACCAUGAGCAGGAAGUCAGUGCGCUCCGUUGCCAACUAGGGGACCGACUGAAUGUGGAGGUAGACGCUGCCCCACCUGUGGAUCUCAACAAGGUCCUGGAUGAUAUGAGAUGCCAGUAUGAGACCCUCGUGGAGAAUAACCGCCGAGAUGUGGAGGCCUGGUUCAACACCCAGAUCGAGGAGCUGAACCAGCAGGUGGUGUCUAGCUCAGAGCAGCUGCAGUGCUGUCAGACAGAGAUCAUCGAGCUGAGACGCACCGUCAACGCCCUGGAGAUUGAGCUGCAGGCCCAGCACAGCAUGCGGAAUUCCCUGGAGUCCACCCUCGCGGAGACAGAGGCCCGCUAUGGCUCCCAGCUAGCCCAGAUUCAGUGCCUGAUCAGCAACGUGGAGUCCCAGCUGGCGGAGAUACGCUAUGACCUGGAGCGGCAGAACCAGGAGUACCAGGUGCUGCUGGACGUCAAGGCCCGGCUGGAGGGCGAGAUCACCACCUAUCGCCAGCUGCUGGAGAGCGAGGACUGCAAGCUUCCUGCCCACCCUUGUGCCAUGGAGUGCAAGCCUGCUGUUAGAGUUCCUUAUGUCCCCUCCAUGCCCUGUGCUCCGGCCAUGCCCUGCUCCUCGGCUCCGCAGGUCAACGCUCAGAUCCGCACCGUCACUGAGGAGAUCCGGGAUGGGAAGGUCAUCUCCAGGGAGCACGUUCAGUCCCGGCUGCAGUGAGCAGCCUGCCAACCCACCAGGGCAGGGCCUGGGACCACAGGAAGGAGGAUACCCCUGUGGCUCCUGGCUGAUAAAUGCCUGCACCCUUCCCUAGAGGGCCUGACCCCACUCUCCCGCUUAGCAGGUUUUUCUACCCAAAUACUUCUUGUAUUGUGUUUCUGAACUUAACUAUGCUUUUGUGCUGCAAAAAACAAGAUUUCCUGGAAAUUUAUCCAAUAAAGUAUAUCCUCUUGGCAUAGCAAAAUC